AUGCAAAAGGCUCAACCAAACAGAUAUCAACUCGAGGAAAACAAAAGACCAUUAAAUUAUAACUACACACAAAAUAAAAAGUACGUACAAUAUGAUAGCGAAUACAGUGAUCCUUCUGAUAUUGAUGAUUCAUUGAGCUUCGAACAGGAUGAUGUUAUUUACGAAAAGGAACCACAACAAGAUGUCUCGACUAAAGGUGAUAUUGAUAUAUGCACUUUAAAGGAAUACAAGCCAUUCAUUGUUAAAAACAUUUUAUCUACUGAAGAAGACUUUCUUCCACCAAGUGAUUAUCAGAGAUGCAAGACAAAAUAUAGGAGAGCAAUCUUAGACUGGUUACUCCGUGUUCAUAAAGAGUUUGCGUUCUCAGAUGAUACUUUAUUUACUUCCAUCGGUUUAUUUGACAGAAUCAGCAGAACACUCAAGAUUAAGAGGUGCCACUUCCAGCUCUUUGCUGCUACCAGCAUGUGGAUUGCUGCUAAAUUACAAGAAACAACAACACCAGCGUUAUCUGAUUUCAUUUACUUGUGCGAAAACUCAUAUAAUGAGAAAGAGUUCUUGGAUUGUGAGCGUGUAUUCUGCUCAGCAUUACGAUUCAACUUGACAGCACCAAACCCAAGAGAAUUUUACAUGCCAAUCACAAGCAAGAAGGAGUUCAGAGAUAUUGCAACUGUUGCUGAUAUGUUCAUGAAAGUAUCAAUGUUCUCCGAAAUUUAUGAUCAAACUCUUCCAUCUGUUGCUGCUGUUGCAUCAAUUUAUGUUGCAACACGUAUAACAAAGAGCAACACUGAUUGCUUCAGAGAAAUUGGAUCCUUAGAAGGAGUGGAUCCGGCCCAGGUUUCCAAUUUCGCUGUUUCGAUUCUGAAUACUUUCAAUUGGCUAAUUAGCAGUGGUGGUGAAGGCCUUCUUACUUUAGUUAAUGAAGCUCUUGCUGAUUUUCCAGCUAGCAUUCCAGAUUUUACCGAAGAAUAUAUUGAAAAUAUUGAAUCAUCACCACUUCCUUUCCUUGAGUAA